AAGACAUCUGAUAUCCCUUCGAAUAAAUUGACCUCUCUUUGAUUCUCUCCAUUCUUGCUCAAUCAUCUUCGGUUUGUCAACCUCAUCCCUGAUCAAGUCUCUAUACUUCUCCACGGGUAGUUCAUCCGUUGCAAAUGAGCCACAACCACAACCACCCUCCGUCUGUCACAUGAAAAUCCGUUUCACCCGCGUGCGCACACACAAGCGCAUGAUAAUCACCUCCUCUCCACGGAACCAAAACAACAACAAUCGCAUUCUCUCCUCAGCUACUACAACAACAAAUCCAAGACAUCUGACAUCUGAAACCCCUUCAAGCUGAAACAAGAAAGAAGCAGAAAGAAAAAAGAAACAAAAAUAACCACAACCCGCAUCCCCUUCCUUGCCCCGCAAACUCUCCCCCCCGCACUAUGCCAUCUGCACGCCCACCCGCCUCCCUGGCAUCCAGCUCCUCCGAAACCUCGUACUCCCCCUUACCGAACAGCGCAACCGCGCCCCACGACGAUCCCGAGGACCGGUCGCCCUCUACCACCCCGACCGGCACGUCCUCAUCCAAACCCGCCGCGGGCGGCGCACAGGAGAAGGAGAAACCGCGGCUGACGGAGCAAGAGAAGAAGAACAACCACAUCGCGUCGGAGCAGAAGCGUCGCGCUGCGAUCCGCGAAGGAUUCGACCGCUUGACGGAGCUGGUCCCUGGGCUCGAGGGCCAGGGCCGCAGUGAGAGUAUCGUGCUGCGGAAGACGGUGGAUUUCAUUCAGCUCCAGCUCCAGGAGCGACAGGAGCUGAUCGCGGAGAUUGAGCGUCGUGGUGGGCACAUCGAUGAAGCCUUUCGAGUUUGAGAGGGUUGGUGUCAAAAGUGUAUGAAUGAACGUUUCUGAUGAAGGUUACGACGGUGGGGCAUGGAAGGGAAUACGAAACAGCAGCUUCUAUGGGAACGGUAUCCUGGGAUACGGGAGAGGGAAGCAGUCGGCACUAUUGCUUUACCCGUCACCCUAUAUGACGCUACGGGCUGGCUUGACCGCGCAGCCUUUUCUGAUCUGAGGUGACUUUUUCGGCGCGGAGCUUACUGGGAUCUCUUCCCACCACACUCCUGCGGGAUGGGAUUGUAUGGUGUCUGGCGUUAGGAUUGACUUGAGGGUUCAGUAUACGGAGACGAAUCUCGACUUUGGGUAUGGUCUUAAUCAUGCCUUGAUCAUGCGGACCGCAUGCGAGACCGAGGAUAUUUCAUUGACUUUUCUGAAGGUACUUAGCGAGGACAUGUCUGCACAGUUGCAGGCCAACCGGUUGCAGAGAGCAUUGUAUGUCCUUAGCGGAAUUGCUAGC